ACAAAAAUAGCUCUGAUAACACAACCAAAAUCAACACUGAGGUGCAGCUGACUCGAACGUAUUUCCGAGGAUUGAAAUUUUCCGAGAAUACUCAGCCAAUGAGAGAAGUGGUUUUGGCAUUUUUUCAACGUCACAUGCAUGCAGCUCUUAAUUGCGUAUUAUAUCGUCGUGUUGAAGACGCAGAUAUAAAACAGUGUAUUCUACAGUUUAGCAGAGUUCGUUCCUACUAAUAUACAUGGCUACCCAAAAAGGACCAAAUCUGAGUAUCGGUAUGUCGGUGUUCGACUCUUGCAACCUGAGACUGGAGAAAGGAGAUAUCGUGAAAAUCAAUCAUGGAGACAAGGAUUUUAUUUACGCCAUCUACAUAGGAAAUGGUGAAUUGGUGUUGCAGACCCCAGAAGGGAGUUAUACUGACGCCAUCGAAAAUGCUACAUGGGGAAGGUCAUUCUAUAAACACAACCACCUGGACGAAAAAUACCAAGCACAGCGGACUCAUAUCAUUAUCUCCCAGGCAGUCAAUUCCAAGCCGAUGACGUCAGAUGAUGGCGGACUGUGUUUUGCUGAGUCGUGCAGAUACGGAGUCAAAAAGACAAAGGCGAAGAAGAUACCAAAGAAAGAUGACUCCAAGAAGAACUCUGUUUCCUCCAAAAACAUGUCGACAGCCUACGCUACAACGGGUCCGGAUGGCACUAUGGUUGUUUCAGCUUCCGGUACUGGCCAUGCGUCUGUCUCCAAUGCUUCUGGCAAUUUCUCUCUCAUAUCUACACCAAAGUCACUUACGAUCAGUUCAACAUACCCAGUCACUGUGAUGCCGGGCCAGAGCGUGUCGCAAGCCACGCCAUGUGACGUCAUAAUUUACGAUUCCCGCGGGAACACGCUCACCCCUGGAGAUGUGAUCGUGUUCGAUUGUGGAGAGUUCCAGCAUUUUGGAAUAUAUGUUGGAAACGGCGAUGUGGUGCAUAUGACAGUGGAAGAAGUCAAGAAAGAACAGAUCGGUGAUGUAGCUGAUGAAAACCCAUUCUUUGUCGAUCAUACAAUUAAACCAUCUUUUCUAAAAGAUGGAAUUGUGAAUACCGCCAACUGCAGAGUGGGAAUGAAGGCCAUGUACCAAUAUGAUGAGUUCAAUUGCGAGGGUUUCGUUAACGAGGUCACGUGCGCACGGAGACAGAGUAAACAGGUCGAAGAGUUUCUGAAACAGAAGGGAUUGAAAAAGAAUUCUUUGUUUGGAAUGGCGAACGGUUUCGCUGGACAGAAUCAGGUUCAACUCCCGCCUGAGCUUGUUUGUGCCAUCUGUCACAAGGCUGGCAACAACAAAACCAAAACCUAGAGAAAGUGCCAUGUUUCGUCACUGUUCACUAUGCUGAUAUACAGCUAGUUCAGUUAGAAAUAAUAGUACUGCAUUUUACAUUUCCAAAUGGGAUGGACUUUGCAGAGUUUUUAAUCUUUGAUAAUCUUUGACUAUAAAUUUUACUUCGUAGAUAUUAUUUUUCAUGUGAGUAUUUUCGUGUAACGUUACGGAGAAUCCAAAUGCACAGAUGCGAUGGACUUUGCAGAGUUAUCUUUGAUUACUGUAUUGACUAUAAAGUUUAUUUUGUAGAUAUUAUUUUUCAUAUGAGUAUUUUCGUGUAUUGUUGUGGAGAAUAGGAUGGAUUUUUGCAUAGUUAUCUUUAACAACUAGUCCAAAUAUUCGUCAGCCUAAAACAAAUUAGAACAGGAAUGAUUUUUCGUUGGGUUUUUUUUGCAUUCAUAUAAUAUGUAUCUAGUAUCUCUAGUGCGUGCUAAAUAUGAUUUCUUUGUUUUGACUAUAAGUUUUAAUUUGUACAUAUUAUUUUGCAUGUGAGUAUAUUGACAUUAACACUCAUUAUAUUUUCAAGACAGACAGACAAAUAAACAAUUUAUUAACCUAUCGCCUUAUGUACAUCACACACACAGAGACAGACAGACAAGUAGACACUUUAUUAACCUAUCACCGUAUGUACAUCACACGCACACGCACACACACACAGAGACAGACAGACAUGCAGACAAGCAGACAAUUUAUUAACCUAUCACCGUAUGUACAUCACAUGCACACACACACACACACACAGAGACAGACAGACAUGCAGACAAGCAGACAAUUUAUUAACCUAUCACUGUAUGUACAGCACACACGCAUACAAUACACACACCGACAGAUAGACAUACAUGCAGACAAUUGAUUACCCUAUCGCCUUAUGUACAUCGCACACACAGAAAGACAAGCUGGCCAUUUAUUAACCUAUCACCGUAUGUAUAUCACACACACAGAGACAGACAGACAAGUAGACAUUUUAUUAACUUAUCACCGUAUGUACAUCACACACACACACACAGACAGACAAGCAGGCCAUUUAUUAACCUAUCGCUGUAUGUACACCACACACACAGAGAGAGACAGACAAGCAGGCCAUUUAUUAACCUAUCACUAUAUGUACAUCACACGCGCGCACACACGCAUGCAUACACACCAACAUACAGACAAGCAGACAAAAUUAUUAGCCUAUCACCGUAUGUACAUCACAUGCAUAUGCACACACACACCGACAGACGGACAUACAGAAAAGCAGACAAUUUAUUAGCCUAUCACCGUAUGUACAUCGCGCGCACACACACACACUGACAGACAGACAUACAGACAAGCAAACAAUUUAUUAACCUAUCACCGUAUGUACAUCGCACACACACACCGACAGACAUACAUACAUACAAGCAGACAAUUUAUUAGCCUAUCACCAUAUGUACAUCACACGCACACACUCCGACAUGCAGACAAUUUAUUAGGCUAUCACCGUAUGUACAUCACACGCACGCACACACACACACACACACAGACAGACAGACAUACAUACAAGCAGACAAUGUAUCACCGUAUGUACAUCACACACACACACACCGACAGACAAGCAGACAAUUUAUUAGCAUAUCACCGUAUGUACAUCACACGCGCACACACACCAACAGACAAGCAGACAAUUUAUUAGCCUAUCACCGUAUGUACAUCACACGCACACACAUACACCAACAGACAGACAAGCAGACAAUUUAUUAACCUAUCACCGUAUGUACAUCACACACACGCAUGCAUGCGCACACGCACACACACAUACCGACAUACAGACAAGCAGACAAUUGAUUAACCUAUCACCGUAUGUAGAUCACACACACACACACACACAGAGAGACAGACAGACAUACAGACAAGCACAUAAUGGAUUAACCUAUCACCGUAUGUACAUCACACACACAGAGACAGACAGACAGACAUAUCACCGUAUUAUAUAUUAUUAUUAUAGUACAUGUAGUCAGCUUUUUCACAAUAAAGGGCACCAUUCACUUCCAUGUGGGUCCAGAAAUAAAGUUUAAUUGUGGUACUCAAAA